CCUCAGAUUCGGAGGGCGAAGAGAAUCUACCCACAAUUCUCAAAAUUCUCAAAAUGUCUUGUGAAGUUUGUUGCCUCGAAGAUUCCAAGUACAAGUGCACAUGUCUCUUGAGAUACUGCUCUCUCAAUUGCUUCAAGGAACACCGAUCCACCCAGGAGUGCAGGAAGUUUGUGGCUGAACCCCAGAAGGCGGCACCUCGUGAAUCCGACUUGAUCGCCAAUCGCAGGGAUUAUCCGCGCGAAGACGUUGUCCCUCCCAGACUUCUGGAGUAUUUGAAGACAUCUCAAACCCUUCGAGAAUCGCUCGGGAACCCGCAUCUCAGAGAGCUCAUUAGAUCUCUUGCUUCGGAGAGAGAUCCUUCGAAGACGCUCGACCACUUGAUGAAAGAGCCGCUAUUCGUGGAGUUUGCAGAUGCGUGUCUCGACGUGAUCGAGCCCCAAGACAGCUGAAUUUCAUGUUGGAGUUCGUUGUCGCUUGACCCGAGACUCUGAUAUCCAUGAACUGUAUAUAAAAUGAUGAUCAACUCAAUAGAAAAGAGAGUAAAUGCACGCACAAAGCAGCCC